GGUUUUACCAAAACAAGCAAAGGAUGAGGUUUUCUGUUACCAAAUUUAUUUUAUAAUUUACACCUAUAUGGCUAUAUAGACUAAAAGGUUAGAGAGAGAGAGAGAGAGAGAGAGAGAGAUAGAGACGAAUAAGGAAAGGUGGAUGUGUGUCUGUGCUUCGCCUCUUUGGUGAAUGGUGGUGACUGAGAAGAAAGGGCUUUUACGAAGUCAAGAAUCAAGAAACGCCUACCUCUCUAUAAUAAUAUCAUUUUUCUCUUUUUCUUUUAUUGUUCUCACAAUCCCCAGAUUUUCCUAGUUCUCUUUCUAUUUUUGGUCUUCUUCUUCCUCUCCACUCGGGGUAAAGCUUCCUGGGUUUUUGCCGAUUUGCUAUGAAUCUGUAAUAUAUUUCUUUGUCUACUUGAUUGUGGUCACAAACCUCAGAUUUGCUCCGUCUUCUUCCUUUGAUUCCUCAUCGAAGGUUUAAUUUCUGGGUUUUGCCUAUUUGUGAGCUUCAUUUUCUUCUCCAAGGCGUAGAGAUGGUGAGAGGAAAGACUCAGAUGAGGCGCAUAGAGAACGCCACAAGCAGACAAGUCACCUUCUCCAAGCGGCGAAAUGGGCUGCUAAAAAAAGCGUUUGAGCUAUCGGUUCUUUGUGAUGCCGAGGUUGCACUCAUAAUUUUUUCCCCGCGGGGCAAGCUCUAUGAAUUUGCAAGUUCCAGCAUGCCGGAGACCAUAGAUCGCUACCGAAGGCAUACAAAGGACACUCAGACCAACAAACAAUCGGUUGAGCAAAACAUGCAGCAUUUGAAGCAUGAAGCGGCAAACAUGAUGAAGAAGAUUGAGCUUCUUGAAGUUUCAAAACGGAGACUCUUGGGAGAAGGUUUGGGAUCAUGCUCCAUCGAAGAACUACAGGAGAUUGAACAACAGUUAGAGGGGAGCGUCAGCAAAAUUAGAGCAAGAAAGACUCAGGUUUUCAAGGAACAAAUUGAGCAAUUGAAAGAAAAGGAGAAAGCCCUAGAAGCUGAAAACACAAGGCUCUGUGAGAAGUGUGGUCUCCAGCAGCAACAAGGAUUGAAUGAGCAGAGAGAGUUUAUACUUUACGAAGAAAGUAGUCCAAGUUCAGAUGUGGAGACUGAAUUGUUCAUUGGACUGCCAGAAACGAGAGCAAAGCGCCCUCCCUCACGAAAUUGACGGUGUCCUCAAUUUAUGCCAUGUCUUCCCAAAAAUAAUAUAUUAUUAUAGUCAGACUGUUUCCAAUAAUCUGUAUUAAAAUUGUUGAAACAACUGAAAUAUUGCAAUUGUACUGGUUACUGUAAGAGCUUGAUAUUUCGUUUGCCGAAAGUAACAGCUCUUAUUGUGAUCAACUUUACUAUCAACAUAUUGUAUUAUGGUGUAUAUUUCAUUUUAUUACAAUUGUCCAACGUUCUUUUUUGUA